AUGCCACAAACAGCGAAAGCAGCAGCCGACGACACAUCACCGCCGCCCAAGACGUCUCCUGAGCCUCUGGACGUCAAGAAGCCCGGUUUCUUCUCACGGCGACGAAUCUUGGGACCUGUCGACAAGGAAUAUGGAGAUGCCGCGCUGUUAGUGCAUUCAUUUGUGACUGGUCUGGUCGAUGCGGCGUCGUUCGCGAAUUGGGGUGUCUUUGUGGGAAUGCAGACUGGUAGGUGUUGA